AUGUGCGUCGUCUCCCUUCUUCUUUUCUCCCUGCAGAUCUUUGCCAUCUUCGCCUUCUCGACAUGUGGCAGCUACUCUGGCAUGUUCAAGAUGAGCGUGGAGUGUAAAAACCGGUCGGAGAGUAAUCUAGGCAUAGAAGUAAAAUUUGAAUAUCCAUUCAGGCUCCAUCAGGUUUACUUUGAUGCCCCCACCUGUAAGGGAGAGAAGCCCGAGACUUUAUUCCUGGUCGGGGACUACUCCUCCUCAGCUGAGUUCUUUGUCACCAUCGGUGUCUUUUCCUUCCUCUACUCCAUGGCAGCUCUGUCUGUAUACUGUUUCGUGCUGGAGAAGUACCGCGAAAACAACAAAGGGGCUCAGAUUGACUUUGUCGUGACAGCGGUAUUCACCUUCAUGUGGCUGGUGUCUUCCUGUGCUUGGGCUAAAGGCCUGUCAGACGUGAAAACAGCCACCGAUCCAGAGAAGGUCAUCACUCUCAUCGCGGCCUGUGACGAACCAGAGAAUCACUGUCGUGAGAUUUAUGAUCCCAAGGUCUCCGGCCUGAACACCUCUGUGGCUUUUGGCUUCAUCAACCUGAUCCUGUGGAUAGGAAACCUGUGGUUCGUGUUCAAGGAGACCGGCUGGAUGGCUGCCUUUGCUGGAACAUACGUCGCAUCUCAGGAGAAGCAGCCCGCCCCCGAUACCUUCGGCCAGGGGGACUACGCUCAGCAGGACCCCUACGCCGGGUCCCAGGGAGGCUACCAGCCCGACUACGGCCAGCAGGGAGGCUACACCGAGGACGGCGGCUACAGCCAGGGCUAUGAGCAGCAGCCCACCUCCUACUCUAAUCAAAUGUGAGCCUGUCCAGCCAAACCACCGCUGCAGGA